AUGACAGAGAGCAACAUCUUUGAGGGAACUGUGUGGAUCCAAGCUGACAAAGACAUCUCUGUCUUUGCCAGCAAUUCCAAGCGAGCCUCAACUGGUGAACCAGUAUCCUUAUGUGAAUCAACCAAGUGCAGGAAGAAUGAGAAGUGUGAGAUCAUAAGCGGUCAACCGGUGUGUGUUUCAGUGUCUGAAUCCACCUGCUGGGCUCAAGGAGACCCUCAUUAUCACACCUUCGAUGGGAAGAACUUUGACUUCAUGGGCACCUGCACCUACACCAUUGCCAAGACUUGCACUCUAAAACAGACUCUUCCUUCCUUCAGCAUUGAGGCCAAGAAUGAUAACAGGGGCAAUACCCAUGUUUCUUACACUGGUUUUGUGACAGUCAGAGUCUAUAACAUCAUCAUCACUGUGGUCAGAAGUGAGAUCGGACUUGUGAGGGUGAAUAACCAGCAGUCUCAGCUGCCCAUCUCCCUGCAUGAGGGGAAACUGAAGGUCUACCAGAGUGGGAGCUCUGUCCUUAUUGAGACUGACUUCUCACUGAGAGUCUCCUAUGACUGGAACAGCUACCUGGUGGUGAAGAUCUCCAGCAGCUUUUCAGAGAGCAUCUGUGGCCUUUGUGGCAACUUCAACGGAGACCCAAAUGAUGACUUUAGCAAGCCUGAUGGGAACUUGGCCCCCAGUCCUGUGGAGUUUGGGAGAAGCUGGAAGGUGGAGGAUGGUGACAAGUUCUGCUGGGAUGACUGCAAAGGGGAAUGCAAAAGCUGCCCACCUGAGAAAGCCAAGAAGUAUAAAGCUGAGCCAUUCUGCGGCUGGAUCAGCAAAAGGGGAAGUGGCCCAUUCAGCCAGUGCCACUCUGUUAUUGACCCCAAGGUCUUUCUGGACAAUUGUGUCUAUGACCUUUGCUUGAAUGAUGGCUUCAAGAUCUUUUUGUGUAAUGCAUUGAAGAAUUAUGCAGAUACCUGCAAGAGAAAGGGAGUUGCUGUCUCCAACUGGAGGACACCAACUGGUUGUCCUUUAUUCUGCCCUGAGAACAGCCAGUACAAGGCUUGUGGAUCUCCAUGUCCUGCCACCUGCAAUGACCAAGUUGGUCCCAAGAACUGUUCCUCAUUGCCUUGUGUGGAGACCUGCCAGUGCAAUGAGGGAUUUGUGCUGGAUGCUGGGAAAUGCAUCCCCAAGAUGUCCUGUGGGUGUGCCUUUGAGGGAAACCUCUUCUCCCCUGGUGAGCAGUUCUGGGGAGAUGACACAUGCACAAAAAAAUGUAUCUGCGACCCAAAGACAAGAAAAGUGACCUGCCAAACAGCAAGCUGCCUGCCUGGGGAGAAAUGCCAGGUGCAGGAUGGCAUCCAGAACUGCUACCCUACUGGCUAUGGCAAAGGCUCCUCAUCAGGAGACCCACAUUACAUUAGUUUCGAUGGGCAGAAGUUUGAUUUCAUGGGCACCUGUAUAUAUCAGUUCAGUGGGCUGUGUGAGAAGAGAAACAUUCUGAAGGAUUUUCUGGUGCUGGUCCAAAAUGACCAUCGAGGCAGCCAGUCCGUGUCUUUCACUCGGGCUGUGGAGAUCAAUGCUUAUAGUACAGCAAUUGUGAUUAGCAGAGAAUACCCUGGAAAAGUCAUGGUUAAUGGCUUCCUGAUCAACCUGCCAUACAGGAUCGGAAACAACAAAAUUUCCAUUUAUAAGAGGGGACAAGAGGCAGUGGUCCAGACAAACUUCUUCCUGACUGUCACCUUUGACUGGCAAAGUCGAAUGACCAUGAAGGUACCCAACGCUUACGCUGGGGCCCUUUGUGGUCUUGGUGGGAACUUCAACGGCAAGAAAGAAGAUGACAUGGCCAUGAGAGAUAGCAGUUUGGCUCCAAAUCCAACAGCCUUUGGCCAGAGCUGGAAACUGCGGGAUGUACUAGGCUGCACAGAAGUUGACAAGGGAGGGUGCCCUGGCCUAUCGGACCUUGAGAAAAGCCAACGGGGUCUCGGCAGGGAGUGCGGGCUCAUCCUCAACAAGAGUGGCCCUUUCAGAGAGUGUCACAGCAAAGUUGAUCCAGAGGGAUACUUCCAAGACUGUGUGUACGAUUACUGCUUCUUCAAAGGCCAGCAGACUGUGAUCUGCCAGGUUAUUGCCAGCUAUGCAGCAGCCUGCCAGGCAGCUGGGGCGACCCUGCAUGCCUGGAGAUCCAACACCUUUUGCAAGAAUCACCUCUUUGAAAGCUACCUGUGCCAUACAUAUAGCCGUCUCUGGCAUGUAAUACUACAUUUUCUUCCCACUUAUGUUUUCUCCCUUCAUUGUUUCAAAUUGACAGGUCUUCCCUGUGGUCAAAACAGCCACUAUGAGCUCUGUGCUACAGACUGUGUCCGGAGCUGUGCCAGCAUCUAUAUUCCGGUCCCUUGCACAGCAAAGUGCCAGGAAAGCUGUGUGUGUGAUGAGAACUUUGUGCAGAGUGGGGAUCAGUGUGUCCCCAUGUCCCAAUGUGGCUGCUACCAUCAGGACCGCUACUACUUGGCUGGAGAGGCUUUCCACCCAACAUGUCAGGAGCGCUGUGUGUGUCAGGGUGGUGGAGCUGUGCAGUGUGAAGCAUUCACCUGUGGCCCCAAUGAGGAGUGCAAGUUGUCCGAUGGCAUUCAGAAAUGCUACCCCAUCGGCAGCGCCACAUGCUCUGUUUCUGGCAGCACUCACUAUCUCUCAUUCGAUGGACUUCCCUUUGAUUUCCAUGGCACCUGCACAUACACCCUGGCUAAGAGCAGCACAGGCAACAAGAACCUGAUACCCUUUACUGUUAAUGUGGAGAAUGGAGCCUGGCGAGACGGGAAGGUCUCCGUUCCCAAGAUGGUCUCUGUCCACGUCUAUGGCAUGACACUCACAUUUCUGCGGGACAAGCAGGGGCAAGUGAAGACUCCUUCAUGUGAUUCAAGACCAGCUCUUCUUUGCCAAAUAAUCCUCCUCAACAGGGAAAUGUUCUGCUUCCUACAGGUGGACAAUACAUUCCAUCUCCUCCCCGUCACCCUUGCUGGAGGGCAGCUCAAAGCCUAUCAGCAGGGCAUGAAAUUCCUGAUCCAAACUGACUUUGGUCUCAUUGUGAGCUAUGACCAGGUUUACCAAGUGAAAGUCACUGUCCCAGGCAAUUAUCAGGGCCAGAUGGGUGGCCUGUGUGGGAACUACAAUGACCAGAAUGAUGAUGAAUUCCUGCUUCCAGAUGGCAAGCCAGUCACAGAUGUGACUGCCUUUGGCACUGCUUGGAAAGUUUCGGUCCCUGGGACAGGUGGAUCCUGCUCAGAUGGAUGCCCUGGGAACAAAUGCCCAGUCUGUGAGGAGAGAAAGAAAGCCAUUUUCAAACAGGACAACUACUGUGGGGUCCUCCUUUUGGAAGAUGGACCCUUCGGAGACUGUCAAGUCACAGUGGACCCUGAAGUGUAUUUCAACAACUGCAUCUAUGAUGUGUGCUUGGCCAAUGGGGACAGCGACGUCUUGUGCCAGAGUAUUGAGAGCUACGUGUCUGCCUGCCAAGAUGCCGAGGUCUAUCUCGAUCCGUGGAGAAGUCAGUCCUUCUGCCCUCUGAGCUGCCCGACCAACAGUCACUAUGAGUUCUGUGCCGACGUUUGCUCCACCACCUGUGCCAAGAUCACAGACCCUGGGACAUGCCCAGCAAUCUGUGCUGAGGGCUGCCAGUGUGAUGAUGGUUUCUUCUUCGAUGGCCAUGGCUGCAUUAAUGCAGAAAAUUGUGGGUGCUUCAAGAAUGGACGCUACUUCAAGCCCAAUGAGAAGGUUCUGAUGAAUGAGUGCCAGGAACGCUGCACCUGCAUCCCACUCCAGGGGCUAACCUGUGAGGCUCACAGUUGCACUGCUGACGAGAAAUGCAAGAUCCAGGAUGGAGUCAUGGGUUGCAUUAAUAAGGAUCCUUGUAAAGACAUGCAGUGCCGUGCAAAGGAAACAUGCAAAAUUGAGAAUGACCAAGUGAAAUGCAUCCCUGACUACCAUAAGCCCGCCUGGGGUUGGGGUGACCCCCACUACCACAUGUUUGAUGGGUGGAACUUCGAUUUCCAUGGCACCUGUACUUACACCUUUGCCAAAUACUGCGGAAAUGAUCCUACCCUGGUACCCUUCACUAUAGACGAGAAGAAUGACAACAGGGGAAGCCAAGCCAUAUCCUACAUACAUUUGACCAACAUCUAUGUCUACGGGUACAAGAUCUCCAUGUAUAAGCAGGAAAAUGGGAAAGUCAGGAUAAAUGAUGUAAGUGCCAGCCUACCGUUGACUCUUGAAGGUGGUAAGAUCAAACUUUACCAGAGCGGUUCCAGUGCUCUCCUGCAAACAGAUUUUGGCCUCCAAGUGUCAUACGACUGGAACUGGUACCUGAUCAUCACUCUCUCUAGCAGCUACUAUGGAGCCAUGUGUGGGCUGGCUGGAAAUUUCAAUGAAGACCCUGGAGAUGACAUGACCUUUCCAAAUGGCACCAAGGCCACCUCCAUUGUAAGCUGGGCCAGGAGCUGGAAAGUCAAAGACCGAGAUCCUUUCUGCUGGGAUGAGUGCAAAGGGAAUUGUCCAACAUGCAGUGAAAACCACAAACAGCUCUAUGGAAAUGAAAAGUUCUGCGGAAUGAUCAACAAAACCUCUCAAGGGCCCUUCAAAAAAUGUCAUACCAAAGUGAACCCAAAUGACUUCUUUGAUGGUUGCGUUUAUGAUGUGUGCCUGAGUGGUGGCGCCAAAAAUAUCCUCUGCCAGGCACUGGAGGCCUAUGCCAAAACUUGCAGGAAAGCAGGUGCUACUGUAGAUGAUUGGAGGACAUCUUCUGGCUGUGCCUUGCCAUGCCCUGAAAACAGCCACUAUGAGGCCUGUGGAAAUGCCUGCCCAGCCAGCUGUUCUGAUCGCACCGCUCCAGCAGCCUGCAAAGAGCCAUGCCUGGAAACCUGCCAGUGCAAUGAUGGCUUUGUCCUCAGCGUGGACAAGUGUGUGCCUAUAGGAAGUUGUGGCUGCACCUACAACGGCUUCUACUACAAGCCCAAGGAGGAAUUCUGGGCCGACAAGAUUUGCGGCUCUCGCUGCAAGUGUGAUCCUACCCUGGGCAUGGUGGUGUGCAAGAAGGCUGGCUGUAAAGACAAAGAGAGGUGUGCUGUGGUCAAUGGAGUCCGGGAUUGUUAUCCCAUCAGCAAAGCUACCUGCACAGCAGCUGGCGACCCUCAUUACACCACUUUUGAUGGGAAGAAAUAUGAUUUCAUGGGCACCUGCAUCUAUCAGUUAGCUGGACUGUGCUCUGAAGACCCAACCCUCAAGCCUUUCACUGUCAAUGUGCAGAACAACCACCGAGGAAACACAAAGAUCUCUUUCACCAAAGUGGUGACAGUGGUGGUCUACAACAUAACCAUAACAGUGAGCCAGGAGCAUCCUCGUCGGGUGCAGGUUAAUGACGUCUUUGUGAACCUGCCUUUCUACUUGGAAGACAAAAUAAAGGUUUACAUCAGUGGGGUUCGAACCUUCAUCAAGACCAAUUUUGACCUGACAGUAACCUUUGACUGGUACAGUUAUGCCAAGAUCAUUGUGCCCAGUACAUACACCAAUGCUAUUUGUGGCCUCUGCGGCAGCUACAACUCAAACCCCAAUGAUGACUUGGUCAUGAAAGAUGGUAAACAAGCAGCCAGCAUAGCUCAAUUUGCAGAAAGCUGGAAGGUGGCUGAGGUGCCUGGAUGUUCAGCAGGUUGCACUAAUGAUUGCCCAGUAUGUGAGGAAGCAAAGAUACAAACCUACAAGGGUGACCAGUACUGUGGGAUCCUCAUCAAGAAGGAUGGGCCAUUCAGAGAAUGCCAUAAGACCAUCAAUCCAACACGCUUGUUUGAUGACUGCGUCUUCGACACCUGCCAGUACCAUGGUCGGCGUGACAUUCCUUGUGAUGCCAUCAGCAACUACGUGGCAGAUUGCCAGGCCUUGGGCAUUCCAGUUGAAAAAUGGAGAUCAGACUCCUUCUGCAGCCCUACCUGCUCAUCUAAUUCCCACUAUGAUAUCUGUGGAAAUGGCUGCCCUGCCACUUGCCAUGGCCUCUCAGCUCCACGUGAUUGUGAGGUAUCUUGCAGAGAAGGAUGCUACUGCAAUACUGGGUUUCUCCUCAGUGGGGACCAGUGUGUUCCUAUUGGGGAGUGUGGCUGUGUGCACCAGGACAAGUAUUACAAGAAGGGAGAGGUUUUCUAUCCUGGUGCCUCCUGUCAGAAACGAUGCAGUUGUACAGACAAUAGAGUUGUUGAAUGCCAAAAGAUCUCCUGUAGAGCCCAUGAGGAAUGCCGGGUACAGAAUGGAGUCCAAGGCUGCCAUGCUGUGGGCUGUGGAAAAUGCACUGUAUCCAGAGGCUCCCACUACUUGACAUUUGAUAGACAGGACUAUGACUUCCAGGGUACGUGCACUUACACUUUGGCUGAACUCAAGAAAGCAGAUUCUCAGCUGGAAAAAUUCUCUGUGCUAGUGGAGAAUGGGCUUUCCCUGACAAAGAUGGUUGUGAUAUCUUUUCAUGGCUAUACCGCUGUCAUUGAGAGGGCAAUGAAAUGGAAGGUCAAGGUGAAUGGAGAAGUCUUCACAUUGCCCAUGAGUACAAACGACAGGAAACUCUGGGUCAACCAGGAAGGGAACAACAUCAUCGUCCAAUCUGACUUUGGCCUCAAAGUCCUUUAUGAUGCCUCUGCUUACGUCUUGGUGUCUGUCCCCAGCACCUAUUGGGGACACAUGAAUGGCCUGUGUGGUAAUUUCAAUGGUGACAGCACUGAUGACUUCACUCUGCCCAAUGGAAAAAGCACCCAGAUUGUGGAUGAGUUUGGGAUGUCUUGGAAGGUUCCUGUUCCUGGUGUCAGUUGUUCCGAUGGCUGUGGCAAGAAAUGUCCUGUCUGUGAUACAACCAAGACAGCUCCGUACCAGCCCGUGACUUCCUGUGGGAUGAUCCUAGCCAAAUCAGGCCCUUUUAAGGGCUGUCACUCAUUGGUGGACCCUCUUGAAUACUUCAGCCAUUGCCUGUAUGACAUGUGUGUGUCCAAUGGUGCAGGAGAGACCCUCUGUCAGAGCAUUCAGGCAUAUGUGGCUGCGUGCCAAGCUGCUGGAGCUACAAUUGGAGCCUGGAGAACAGACACCUUCUGCUCACUCUCAUGUCCCUCCCACAGCCAUUAUGAGUUGUGCUCAAGGAGUUGUGAUUUCACCUGCAGCAGCUUGUCCACUUCAAGGCAAUGCACGAAAAAGUGCUUUGAGGGCUGCCAGUGUGACAACGGCUACCUGUUUGAUGGUGCCAGUUGCGUGGCAAUGGAGAAUUGUGGCUGCAUUUAUGAUGGGCGGUAUAUCAAGAUAGGAGAAAGUGUUGUCUUAGAGGGCUGCAUGAAGACUUGCACCUGUCAAGCUUUGGGCCAGCUCAUCUGUAAGGACACCAGCUGUCGGGAAGGAGAAAUAUGUGCCCUCAAUAAUGGUGUGCGCGCUUGCAUGAAGAAGAAAGGAGAGUGUUUGCUCACCCCUGGCGCACGGCUGACCACUUUUGAUGGCACCUCUGGGGAAAUCCCACACAAUGGCGCCUAUGAGGUGGUCUCGCUUUGCAAUGAGGAAGACCCUUCUUGGUUCAGAAUCAUAGCAGUUACCCAGAAAUGCAGUGCCGGGGAUUUGGCAUCUGUGUCGACACUCCAUGUGUUCUUCCAAGGAGCUCUGAUCACUGUGAAAAAGAACAGAGAGACUUGGAUAAAUGGGUAUCAGGUGCAGCUCCCAGCAAAGGCCUUUGAUGAUGUAUCUAUAAGUGUCACUCAAGAUGGAGUUGUGAUCGAUUUGGCCUCUGCAGUACAAGUUCUCUUCAGACCCCAAGGGGAAGUCAAGGUGCAAGUCGAGAAAAGCCUGAAAGGAAAACUGUGUGCUUCCUGUGGAAACUUCAAUGGGAAUGCUGCAGAUGACCUAACGCUGCCCAAUGGGAAGGAAGCAGGAAACCUGGAUGAGGUCAUUCAUGCCUGGGAAGCCAAGGACUUCUCUAGAUGUUAUGUUUAAAAUCCAUCUGAGCCAGGGUGGAAUCCUGGUGUCACUCCCGUGGUAGGAAGUUUUCAUACCUAAAAUCUGGAGCACAGAUCUUCUCUGUAAAGUAUUCUCUAAUGUCACAGAUGUUACUCAGCCUCCUAUCAAUUAUACUCUGAUUAUCAAUGAAAUUAUGUUUCUUCUUCCUAAAACCAAUAAAAACUCUUUUGGAAACUC